AAUUAGGCAUGCAACUCUCUCUCUCCCCCCUGUGAAGUGAGAGAUUAAGCAGAAAGAAAAAGGCAAGAUCAAGAUGGAGAAAAGAGGGCAAAAAGGACAAGGCUACACCAGCAGCUGUAACACAAAUUCUGCUGCUGACAAAGAAUGCAUGGUGAGAGAACAAGAUAUGUUCAUGCCAAUUGCAAAUGUGAUACGCAUAAUGCGAAAGAUCAUGCCAUCCCAUGCCAAAAUCUCCGAUGAUGCCAAGGAAACAAUCCAAGAAAGUGUGUCAGAGUUUAUCAGCUUUGUAACAAGUGAAGCAAACAUGAGGUGCCAGCAGGAGCAGCGCAGGACAAUCACUGCAGAGGAUGUACUGUGGGCGAUGAACAAUCUGGGCUUUGACGACUACAUUGAGCCCCUCACAGUCUACCUGAAUCGCAUGCGUGAAAUUGAAAAUGGCGAGCCUUUCAGGAGUGAUCUGUUACUGAGGAGGUCACUUGAGCACCGGGCAAUGGGUAUUGCUACUUCAUUCACACCACCUUACUAUAUGGGACUGCAUAACGGGACUUCAGGGGUUAUGACAACGGAAGGUUUUCUAAAGGAUGCUCGGAAUGCUGGAAGUACUUCUGGUGCCAGAGGUACUUAGUAGCCUUGAUCCUUGUUCUAGGUGGAAAGUGUGAGUCAAGUUGAGAAAUUUGUAGUAGUAGAAUGAAGAAAAUAAAGUAGUAGCUUUGUGGUUAAGAAUAUGAAUGUUGUUCUUGAAAUGCAUUAAG